UAUUUUGUAUCAGUACUUCAUUCCUUUUUAUGGCUGAGUAAUAUUCCAUUAUAGGAAUAUGCCACAUUUUUAUCCAUCAUCAGUUAAUGGACAUUCGAGUUGUUUAAUCUUUUGUACUAUUACGAAUAACUGUGUUGUAAACAUCCAUGUACAGGUUUUUGUGUGGAUAUGUUUACAUUUCUCAUAUAUCUAGGAGUGGAAUUGCUGGGUCAUAUGGUAACUCUGUUUAGCUUUUUGAGGAACUGCCAGAUGUUUUCGAAAGUGGACUGCACCAGCAGGAUAUGAGAGUUCUGAUUUCUCCAUAUCCUUGUUAACACUUACUAUCUGUCUUUUGAGUUAUAGCUGUGAUGUUGGUACCUCACUGUGGUUUUGAUUUCCAUUUCCCUUUUGGAUGGUAAUGUUGAGCAUCUUGUCCUAUGCUUAUCAGCCCUUUGUGUAUCUUUGGAGAAAUGUCAAUCCAAUUCCUUUGCUCAUUUUUAUAUUGAAUUUUUAAAAAACUUUGAUAUUGUAUGAGUUUUUUAUAUAGUCCGGAUACAAAUCCCUUAUCACAUAUACUGUUUGCAAUGUUUUUUCCAUUUUCUCUCAUUUUGCGGGGUUUCUUUGUACUUUUUUGAAUAGUGUUCUUUGAAGUACAAACAUUUAAACUUUUGGUGAAUUCUAAUUUAUAUUUUCUUUAACUGGUUGUGCUUUUGGUGUCAUAUCUAAAACAUUGCCAAAUCCAAGAUUAUGAAGAUUUACUACUAUAUAUUUUCCUAAGAGUUUUACAGUUUUAGCUCUUACAUUUAGUUCUUGAUCUAUGUGGAUCAAGGAAUAGGUAGGUAGGAAUAGGUAGGAAUCCAGUUCAUUCCUUGUAUGUGCCUAUCUGUUUUUUUCCAGCACCAUUUUUUGAAAAGACUAUCCUUUUCCUAUUUAAUUUUUUUUUUAAGGGGGGCAGAGGAAAAGGGAGAGAGAAAAUCUUAAACAGGCUCCACACCCAGUGAGGAGCCUGACAUGGGACUUGAUCUCACCACUCUGAGAUCAUGACCUGAGCCAAAAUGAAGAGUUGGAUGCCUAACUGACUGAGCCACCCUUGCGCCCCUAUCCUUUCCCUGUUUAAUGGUCUUGGCACCCUUGUUGAAAACCAAUUGACCAUAAAUAAUAUAGGUUAUCAUUUUUUUUAACUAUUUCUCUACGUUGGACAUUUAGGUCACUUCCAGAUUUUUGUUUUUCUAAAUUAUCCUGUGUUAAACACAGCAUAACAGGCAUAAGGCUCUUCUGUUUUUGAAGUUAUUUUGGUAGAAAGUGUAUUCAGAAGUGAAAUUACUGGGUCAAAGAUGAAAUGAGUGUGUUUUGGAGCUCAUUGAAUGAGGCAUUAAACCUUCAAUGUCAAGAUGUUAAGAGCAACAGAAUGCUUCUUUAUUCAUCAGUUGCUAUAGCUUAAGGGCUGGAUUUCUAUAAAAGCCUUUUGCUGUAAGAUGGAUGGAUUCCCUGACUUAUUCUUUGACUGCUUCUAAGAGACUAAGUAAAUCUAGAGUGAAAAACUUCAACACCAGGGGCAAACAGGACAUGUCAUAAUUUUCUAAAUGGUGUAAAGAAAAAAAAAGUGUCAUCACAUGCAGUAGGAGAAUAAAAGUCUUUGAGAGAACUGGGGUUGAAAUUUAGACCUUAAAUCAGUGCCUUGAAAGUCCCUGGAGCAAAAACGAUGUUUUAUUCUUAGUUUCUCUUCUGACCUUGAUAAUCAGGUUAAUUUGCAUUCAUCUUAGUCUCAGAGAUGGCUAACUUAAAUCUGUGUUUAGUAGAUAGUACCUGGUUAAAAAAAAAAUCAAAUGCAAAAGGCUAUUAGGAGAAAAUCACGUUUCCUUUUCAUUUUGCCCCUCAUUCUCCCUUAGGGGUAUCCAUGGUACUAUUGUUAAUUGUGUUUGUUAUAGACUAGUUCAUACAUAGAUUAUCUCUGGAAAAAUAGUAUAUACAAAAUUAAACAUUUUAAAGAUUUUGAUACUUCCUGACAUUCAUUUUCAAAAUGGUUACUUACAUCAGUUUAUGGUGGCAAUACAGUGCUAGUUAGGAAGAUUCCAUUUUUGUUUAUAUUUCUUUGAAUAUUCUUUCCUUAAUAUUGGAUAUCCAGUUUAUAUUUCCUCUUGCGUGUAUUGUCUGCUCUUGUCUUUUGGCAUGCUGUUUGAUUUUGAUUGGAGUUGUCCUUUAUGAGAUUUAUUUUGGCAGCCUUUUGUAGUUGGUUGUUUUACAAUAGUCUGGAUUUGGGGAGAAAAGUUAAAAUGCUUUUUGUAACAUGCUACGCGGUAUGUGAGCUGAACAAGGGUCGAGGCAGUAGGGAAAAAGAAGUUAAAUGCUUGAGGGAGAAAUUUAUAAGAUUUGGAAAGUACGUGCAGUCCAAGAUGACUUCCAGGGCAAUUCCUCUCCUGCAGUUACUUUUGGAUGGAAGUAUGCACUUUUCCCAAUAGAAGAUGGUAAUCUCGGAGAAUGACCAUGGAGAAGGGGAUGAGUUCUGGAGAAGGGCUGCCUUCCAGAUCAUCUCAGGUUUCGGCUGUUAAAAUAACAGUCAAAGAGUUCGAAACAAAGCAGUCCCAUAAGGAGAAGCGAGGGGGCUUUGUGUUGGUACAUGCAGGUGCAGGUUAUCAUUCCGAAUCCAAAGCCAAGGAAUAUAAACAUGUAUGCAAACGAGCUUGUCAGAAGGCAAUUGAAAAGCUACAGGCUGGUGCUCUUGCGACAGAUGCAGUGACUGCAGCUCUGGUGGAACUCGAGGAUUCUCCUUUUACAAAUGCAGGAAUGGGAUCUAAUCUAAAUCUCUUGGGUGAAAUUGAGUGUGAUGCCAGCAUAAUGGAUGGAAAAUCCUUAAAUUUUGGAGCUGUUGGAGCACUGAGUGGAAUCAAGAAUCCAGUCUCCGUUGCAAACAGACUCUUGUGUGAGGGGCAGAAGGGCAAGCUCUCGGCUGGCCGAAUUCCUCCCUGCUUUUUAGUUGGAGAAGGAGCCUACAGAUGGGCAGUAGAUCAUGGAAUACCCUCUUGCCCUCCUAACAUCAUGACCACAAGAUUCAGUUUAGCUGCAUUUAAAAGAAACAAGAGGAAACUAGAGCUGGCAGAAAGGGUGGAAACAGAUUUCAUUCAACUAAAGAAAAGAAGACAAUCAAGUGAAAAGGAGAAUGACUCAGGCACUUUGGACACAGUGGGCGCUGUAGUGGUGGACCACGAAGGGAACGUUGCUGCUGCUGUCUCUAGUGGAGGCUUGGCCUUGAAACAUCCAGGGAGAGUUGGACAGGCUGCUCUUUAUGGAUGUGGCUGCUGGGCUGAAAAUACUGGAGCUCAUAAUCCCUACUCCACAGCUGUGAGUACCUCAGGAUGUGGGGAGCAUCUUGUACGUACCAUACUGGCUAGAGAAUGUUCACACGCUUUACAAGCUGAAGAUGCUCACCAAGCACUGUUGGAGACUAUGCAAAACAAGUUUAUCAGUUCACCUUUCCUGGCCAGUGAAGAUGGUGUGCUUGGAGGAGUGAUUGUUCUCCGAACUUGCAGGUGUUCUGCAGAGUCUGACUCCUCCCAAGAUAAGCAGACACUUCUAGUGGAAUUUCUUUGGAGCCACACGACAGAGAGCAUGUGUGUUGGAUAUAUGUCAGCCCAGGAUGGGAAAGCCAAGACUCACAUUUCGAGACUCCCUCCUGGUGCGGUGGCGGGACAGUCCGUGGCAAUCGAAGGCGGGGUUUGCCGCCUGGAGAGCCCAGUGAACUGACCCUUCAGGCUGAGCAUGAAGCGUCCGAGAGGCAUUUCAGAGCCUGAGCGUUUCGGGGAUUUUAACUGAAGUUGGAUGUUUUAUCUUCGCCAUUUUAUAAUUCCUCUUUGCAGCCUCGUGCACGGCUCGCAACACUAGUGCUGCUGCAGUUAGCGCUUAGUGACGUGCGGGUCUUCCGCUGGUGGGCAGGACUGAGUGCGCGUGUGUGCGCGCGCGUGCAGUGCGUGUGCCUGCUUCUCCCUCGAUGAAAUACAAGCUCCUUAUUGUGUAACCUACGACCAGGAAUGAUUAAAUCAUCUUUACAAAAUGUGUGCUUUACUGUUUACAAGUAAAACCUAAAGUUACAAAGGAAACAUUUUUGAUUUCAUACAGAGGUACCAGCUGUCGUUGAUGUGGUGUGUCUGAACUGAAGAGUAAAUCUACUUGUUUAAAUGAUUUGACAGUGGUAGUGCUCCAUUUAAUAACAGUACUAAGUGAUAAAGUGUUUUUAUUUGUUAACCAGUUUAAGUGGAUCCUGUGGUAACUUAAACUGUUAUUCUCAUCCCUCAUAUGGGGCAUUUUUCUUUAACAAAGAAUGGUUUCAGUGAAACAAUCUAGCAGAGAAUUAAGGUCAGAACCUUUUUAAAUAAUAGUCUUAUUGAUAAAGUUUGUACUUCUUUCCUCAAGCUUUUCUAAGCUUAAAUACUGCAUAUCUUCGAGCUAUAUGUACUAUAUAAUGAAAGAAUAUGUAAAGAGAACAUACAGGAAUGCACAGUCCUUAAUUUGUGUAUAAUGGAAUGUUAUUUACAAUGUAACACUGUAAAUAAGAAAGCAAAAUUUAUGGGAAAAUUCAAUAUUAUCUUUGUUUCUUGUUUAAAUAUAUUUUUAAGAUAAAGGCACAAAAAUAAAAGAAGCAUAUUACUGGGUAUAGUGUGUGACUCCUCUUCUCAGACUAAUAA